AAUUACGUCAAACUGUCAAACGUCAUACGAAUCGCUUAAAAACACCCAUCACCAUUUACCCAAGGAAAACCAAAAUUAUUCUUUCCUUGGAUGUAAAAAAUUAUCCUCGUUUGUUUAUUUUAAGAAACUACAUUAGAUAAAUCGCGGAAUACUUUCGCUAAUACGUUAAUCGUAACGUAGGGCUCGGUUUUCAGGAGGGCACCGGUACAGUUUUCCUCGUGUUCCUGUUUUUAAGUUGUCAAAAUCUCUCUGUAAAAAUGGCGGAUCCGGGUUUCAACAAGAGUCGUUUGCAAAAUUUCAAGAACAAAGGCAAAGAUCAAGAUGAAAUGCGCAGGAGACGUAACGAGGUCACAGUGGAACUCAGAAAAAAUAAAAGAGAAGAAACACUCCAAAAAAGACGUAACGUCCCACUACCUGACUCAACUGACGAAGAUGAUCUUGAUAAAACACUCACAAACACCAACUUAGAACAGUUAGUAGCCCAAGCGGCUACAGUAAGCAACCCUAGCCUACAGCUAAUGGCUGUACAAUCGGCUAGAAAGCUAUUAUCGUCUGACAGGAAUCCGCCUAUUGAUGCCUUGAUCCAAAGUGGAAUCUUACCUAUUUUAGUCAAAUGUUUAGAAAGGCACGAAAAUCCACCUUUGCAAUUCGAAGCUGCCUGGGCUCUUACAAAUAUAGCAUCUGGAACGUCAGCACAAACAAAUAAAGUUGUAGCCGCGGGAGCGGUGCCAUUAUUCUUGAUGCUAUUGCGCUCCCCACAUCAAAAUGUUUGUGAACAAGCGGUUUGGGCUUUAGGAAAUAUUAUCGGCGACGGGCCAGUGCUUAGGGAUUAUGUUAUCGAAUUAGGCGUAGUUGAGCCACUUUUGUCUUUCAUCAAACCUGAAAUUCCCAUAUCGUUUUUGCGAAAUGUCACUUGGGUCAUUGUUAAUUUGUGUAGGAAUAAGGAUCCUCCUCCACCAAUUCACACGAUAGAAGAGUUAUUACCCGCUUUGAGCAUCCUUAUACAUCAUACAGAUAUUAACAUUCUGGUUGAUACAGUUUGGGCUUUGAGUUAUUUGACUGAUGGUGGCAAUGAGCAGAUUCAAAUGGUUAUCGAUUGCGAUAUUGUCCCUAAACUAAUUCCAUUAUUGAGCCAUAAGGAAGUCAAAGUUCAAACAGCCGCCCUGAGGGCUGUCGGUAAUAUUGUCACAGGUACCGAUGAACAAACUCAAAUAGUGCUAAAUUGCGACGCUUUAUCCCACUUUCCCGCACUACUCACUCACCCCAAGGAUAAAAUUUGCAAGGAAGCUGUAUGGUUCUUAUCAAACAUAACCGCUGGCAAUCAGCGACAAGUUCAAGCCGUUAUCAAUGCCGGUCUCUUACCAAAAAUUAUUCAUAAUCUUACCAAAGGUGAUUUCCAGACGCAAAAAGAAGCCGCUUGGGCGAUUUCCAAUUUGACGAUUGGUGGGAAUAAAGAACAAGUUGCCCGGUUAAUUCAAGAAGGUGUCAUACCGCCUUUCUGCGAUUUGCUUAAUUGCAAAGAUGCGACGGUUAUUCAGGUUGUAUUAGAUGGUAUAAACAAUAUGCUAAAGAUGGCCGGUCCCGAAGUUGAAACGUUAUGCAACAUGAUCGAAGAGUGUAGUGGAUUAGAUAAAAUCGAGGCGUUGCAAAACCAUGACAAUAUCGAGAUUUACAAGUUGGCUUAUGAUAUUAUCGAGCAAUACUUCAGUGGAGAUGGUGAAGAUGAUCCAAACUUAGUCCCGAGCGCUGCUGAUGGGGAAUUCAAUUUCGAUCCGAAUACCAACAUCCCCAACGAAGGAUUCAAAUUUUGAUUGGUUGGUUUAUAGACGCAUAGUAGCACUAUUUUCGACUGCAUCUUCAAUUGUUGAAAGCCUUUUCUCUCGCUUCCCCCCCAUCCUACCUUUUUACUAAGUAAACCCAAUGUACGUUCAUUUUAGUUUGUAUAUAUUUAUUUUAUUUUUAAACAAAAACAAGAAAAAGUGUAGCAAUUUUUUGGGAUAUUUAUUUAAUUUAAAUUUACUUUUUUAUUAUUAUUUACUGGAUACAUUUUUUGUGGACGACUUUUUAUUAUUUUUAUUUUAUUUUUUUAAAUAUUUUUGGGACUUUAAGUUAAAUAAAUAUCCGCCUUGUGGUAACUGAAUAAUGAAUAUUUUAAAAUUGUAUAUAUAGGACGCUUAAAAUUAUUACUUAAAAUGACCGUACAUAAUUGAAAAUUUGUGCAUAAUAAUUAAUUCAUUUGUGACUUUUUAAAUUCGUACCGGUUGUCCUCUACAUUUAUUUCAAUUUCUUCUGACAAUAAUUAUUAUGCACGGAUAAUUAUAAUUUAGGAUCUGUCGAUGUAUUUAUGAUAAUUAUUAAAUAUACACAUAGAGUUAUAUUUAGUGAAAUAAUAAAUUAAAACAACUGCAAUUAAAGUAAAAAAUUGAUAAACCUUUCAUAAAUACAAUCAAAACGACUUGAGAAGAAAGAAAAUUAAUAUUUGGCUUUUUUUUUUUGGUAACUGUUUUUGUUAUAGCCUUUAUUUAAUCAACUUUAUACAAGAAAUGUUAUAUAAAUUCGUCUUUAUGGGAAAUAAAUAUUAAGACAAUAUUAUGUGAUUAAAUUUAGAUUUACUUUAUUAAAUUUUUAAUCUGAAUCUUUGGAUAUUUUAAUUUUUUAUUGACAUAAAAUUACCGUACAUCUCAGUAUGUAGGAAUAACAAUUUUCUAUUAUUGAUGAACGACGAGUUUGUAGAACUGCUCAGCUAAGCAAUUCUAAAAUUAAAUUAUUUCUAUUUUUUGCAAUUUAUUUUUUUUUAAUAAAUUAAUUUACAUCAGGUCUCGAUAAUUAUUAUGGUCCGCUAUAGCGACUUUUCAAUUAUAACUGAUUUAAUUCACUUAACUAAUUGAAAUAAAUUUAUUUUGAAAUCAA